UUGAGCAUCAACUAUGUGCCCGCCACUAUUCCAGGUGUUGGAGGUUACAGCAGUGAAUAAAUCAAAUUCUAGCUGGCACAGGCAAAGGGACAGGUAGGAAACAACAUAAGUAGACAGGUGGCAUGCGGCGGGGAUAUGUGCAAAUGCUCUGGAGGAGAAACAGUGGAGGAAGAGGACAGAGUGAUGAGGGGUUGGUGCCAUUUGACACGUGACGUCCGAGCAGAGCCAUGUGGGUGGCUAGAUGGGGAAGGGCAUUCCAGGUGAGAGGGGUGGGAGGGCAGGAGCAGAUCUUGUAGGGGACCUUGUGUGAAAUGGGAGGCGAGGACACCUGAUGUGGGUAGCCCAGCCCGUCGGCAGGUGAGGGGCAGGAAGUGUCCAGCAGGAAGGGGCUGAGUCCCUGGUGGCACUAGAGGUGUGAGGAGUGACCACAUCCGCCUCCUCCCCAUGGCGUGGCACGGAGUGGAGCCCGGCGCUCGUCUGUCGGUGGCAGAGGAAGGGGCCUUCUGGAUUCCUCCUUCCCGAGCGUGCCCCGCGCAGAGGGAGCUUCCUGCAGGUCUCGCUGGGCCGGGCCCCCACUCUGCUACUGCACAGGAGGGCAGACCCCCCACGUCCGAGGGGACCUGGUAGAAAGCCCCCAGCCUGGGGCUCCCCAGGGUUGGGGGCUCAGCCUCAGGGAGGCCCUUGCACCUGUGCACGGGGGUGGGGGGCUGAGGAGGGCAUGAAGGAGCCGGCGCAGUGGUGGCUGUCACAGCGGUGGCUGUCACAGCGGUGGCCGGCGUGGGUGUCCUGGGAGGGGCGUGCACACUCUCUGUGGCUGGGGCUCACCUGCUGCUGACCUCACGUCGCCGGGGAGCCGGGAGAGCGCGCCAGGCUGGAGCCCCGGCAAACAGGCAAACACCCAGCUGCUUUUGAAGCUUGCCCUGAGCCCCGCCCAAGCUUCCCGCGCAUUCCUGGGCUCGGCUUGGAGAGGAGCAAAAGCAGAGGGCCGGGCCCUAAUCCCCACCGCCAGGGCUGCAGGGAGCAGGGCCCGGACCACGCCACACCCCACACUCGCACACUGUGUUCUUGUCACGCAAACUUCCUGGGCAGGGACUCCAAGGGCUGACUCAGCGGGGAGGAGGGUCCUUAAAUACGGCCCCCCUUGGCUCCUGCUCAUUCCGGGAGCUCGGGCCGGGCCGCUGGGAGAGGCUGCGCCAAAGGCACCAUGAGCAAGAUCAGCGAGGCCGUGCAGCGGGCCCGGGCGGCCUUCGCCUCGGGCAGGACCCGCCCGCUGCAGUUCCGGGUGCAGCAGCUGGAGGCGCUGCGGCGCAUGAUCCAGGAGCGCCGGCAGGACAUCGCGGGCGCGCUGGCCGCGGAUCUCCACAAGAGCGAGUGGAACUCCUACUACGAGGAGGUGGUGUACGUCCUGGAGGAGAUCGAGCACGUGAUCGAGAAGCUCCCCGAGUGGGCCGCAGACGAGCCCGUGGAGAAGACCCCGCAGACCCAGCAGGACGAGGCCUACAUCCACUCGGAGCCCCUGGGCGUGGUGCUCAUCAUCGGCACCUGGAACUACCCCUUCAACCUCACCAUCCAGCCCGCGGUGGGCGCCAUCGCCGCAGGGAACGCGGUGGUCCUCAAGCCCUCGGAGCUGAGUGAGAACACGGCGAACCUGCUGGCCACCAUCGUCCCUCAGUACCUGGACAAGGAUCUGUUCCCAGUCAUCAACGGGGGUGUCCCUGAGACCACGGAGGUGCUCAAGGAGAGGUUCGACCACAUCCUGUACACGGGCAGCACAGGGGUGGGGAAGAUCGUCAUGACGGCUGCUGCCAAGCACCUGACCCCCGUCACGCUGGAGCUGGGAGGAAAGAGCCCCUGCUACGUGGACAAGAACUGCGAUCUGGACGUGGCCUGCCGACGUGUCGCCUGGGGAAAAUUCAUGAACAGCGGCCAGACCUGCGUGGCCCCCGACUACAUCCUCUGUGACCCCUCGAUCCAGAACCAGAUCGUGGAGAAGCUCAAAAAGUCACUGAAAGAGUUCUACGGGGAAGAUGCCAGGAAGUCCCGGGACUACGGAAGAAUCAUCAACGCCCGGCACUUCCAGCGUGUGAUGGCCCUGAUAGAGGGCCAGAAGGUGGCCCUCGGGGGCACCGGGGACGCUGCCUCCCGCUACAUAGCCCCCACCAUCCUCACGGACGUGGACCCGCGGGCCCCGGUGAUGCAGGAGGAGAUCUUCGGGCCCGUGCUGCCCAUCGUGUGCGUGCGCGGCCUGGAGGAGGCCGUGCAGUUCAUCAACCAGCGAGAGAAGCCCCUGGCUCUCUACGUGUUCUCCGACAGCGACCAGGUGAUUAAGAAGAUGAUCGCAGAGACGUCCAGCGGUGGGGUGACGGCCAAUGACGUCAUCGCGCACAUCACCGUGCACACUCUGCCCUUCGGGGGCGUGGGGCACAGUGGCAUGGGGUCCUACCACGGCAAGAAGAGCUUCGAGACCUUCUCUCACCGCCGCUCUUGCCUGGUGAGGUCCCUGCUGAAUGAGGAGGUCCUCAAAGCCAGAUACCCCCCGGGCCAGGCCAAGGCGACCUGGCGCUGAGGGGGGGGGGCUGCUGCGCCUGGACCCUGGGCUGCGCUCCCCCAGAGUGCAGGGCCCCGGCUGCUCUCGGCCCUCGGAGACCUGCUCCUGCAGCUCCCCGCCCUCCCCUGCUGACCGGGCGCACUCCGACUCCAGGGGACCGGCGCCACCUCUUCAAGUCCCCCUCCCCCCCCCUU